CGCCUGCUACCUACCAGGUGGUCCGGUGAAGUUUUCCAAGAUGGCGGACUACCGAGAGGCGCCCUUGGCUACACGGCCAAAAACACUGGAGCCAGGGGAGUAUUUUAAUCUUUCUCCGGACCUGAGACGUGCUGAGGAGGAGAGGGCUGCACUGCGGGCCCAGCUGAAGAGGCAGUAUCAACUGCAGCUCAACAAUCCGCACCGGAAAGAUCUCAUCGAAGACCCCGCCCUGACGAGGUGGACCUACGCACGUACCAACGUGUACCCCAACUUCAGACCCACGACCAAGACGUCGCUCUUGGGGGGGCUCUUCGCAGUCGCUCCGCUAUUCUUUUGGUAUUACGUCUUCAAGACCGACAGGGACAAGAAGGAGGCAUCCAUCAAAGCGGGGAAGUACGAGCGCCCCUUCCAGCUCUCCUACUAACCACAUGUUGCUGGCCGAGGCCACACCAUGGGCUUUGAAUACUGGCCUGUUCUGUAAAUGUCACAUUCUGUAAUAAAUGUUAUUGUAAACAUGUA